AUGAAACGAAAAUCUCGACCAAAGAUCCUUUUUGGAAUAUGCAUCACCUUACUCCAGAUUGUGGACCAAUGUAGAGCCGAUAGGAACUGUACUUCAAUUAAAAAUGAAAACAUUCAUGGAAGAAACGCUUUUUCCCCUCGUAUGGACUUCAAUCAAUGGAAGCCUUUAGGGAGAGGUGAUCCACUCAAGAACGACCCUACAUACGACUAUGUUCCACCUGUACUGGACCAAGUUCACUACUGGAUGGAGCCUGCUAUGAGAAAACCCGACCCUCCUCUACCAGAAGACAGCAAGAAAACGGAAAUUUUACUUCUAGGGGUGUUGAGCAAAAAAUCCGCUUCCCCGCCGUUGAAGGUUGACUCGCGCAGAGACAAUCUCGACCCGUACCAUAAAAAAGAACCCAAAUACAAUCCACAUCAAAGAAUAGCGAAACCGACGUUCUCCUUUUUUCCUGAGUCGUUGUUCAACACUUUAAGUAAAUACACUUCCACCGAAACAAAGCAGAAUAUCCCAUACACUGUGUUAAUGCCACCUCCAAUGAACUACAACCCAACCCAAACAUCAACAACAAACAACUUCAUGCCCAGCACUUCGCCACACGUCACCAUCCAGCCAUCUCACCUGAUUUAUCAAUCGAGCAGUCUAAGCGAUGAAAAGGAGUGGUUAAACAAGAAUCAAUACGCAACGGUUAGUUCUUCUACGAGCUGGAAGACCUCCACUAUCAAACCGUACGUUCUUACAACGAAGAACUACAGAGAAAACUUGGUGUUCAACAAAAAUCUACAACCGCCGGAAUCCUUCAUCCACAUAGAGUUCUCGCCGAGAAACUACUCGCUUAUUGGUGCUGAUAGUAACUAUAAUUUGAACUACGUCACUCCUCCUUCACUGAAGAACGCUGUUAAUCUCCACAAGGGCAGCAUAUCAGACAACUCAGCGGAACUGCAUAACACCUACGUAAAAAUAGAAAAACCCGAGUUUUACUCCACAGCUUUAAGCGGUAAUGAUGAUUACGUGAGCGUGAAUACGGCGCCUUUGGUGGAGAUUUACACUCACAUGCAACACCCUGUCGAGGGUGUCAAAAACAUGAAGCACCCUGUAAGGGAUCCAGAAAUGGAGACCAUCAAAAAUAUGCAGACUUUAUUGCCACCCCCCAACAACUGGUAG